UGCUUUUUUUUUAAAUUUAUUUAUUUAAAGAAAUGGUUAUAAAUGAAUCGAAGAACCUUAAAUCUCUGCAUAAUUAUAGAACUCAAAUACGGAGUUACUGUUCCUGAAAUUAUCCAUACCAUAAUGGCAACAAGUGAUGGGCUCUGUAUAAGAAUGUUCUCAAUAUCGUCGGGGCUACACAUCUUUUGGACCCUCUUUUUCACUGCACAGACAAUAUGUCACGUGAUCUCUGCCCAACUCCACAAUGACGUGAAAGUCGUCUGGAGAUCUUCGCCAUCGUUUGGUGAAUUGACGUCACAUCCUAUGAACUCUUCAACGGCUGAAGAAAAUAGGCGAAAUGCUAAAAAAGCAGGAAGCGCCUUCGAAGGGGUGAUGAAGAAGGACCUCUUAAAUCCAAGUCUGUUUGCUAAGCAUUUAGAGAUGUGCUGUUCUACUGAUGAAACUCCUGGAAGUGAAUUCCAGUUCCAGAACAUUCGAUCGGUUAUUUUUUCUCCACAAGAAACAAACGAAUCUGCUUGUUGUGCCAUCCUCAAGGCCGCUUUACCAAACCCAUUCAGUAUGCCAUGUCAUGAGAACAAGGGACACAAUCUGAUAAAUAAAUUGUGUUCACUCUUAAGGAAAAAUCAACGCAGUUGGCGUAAAGAACUGUUGAGUAAGUCAUCUCCCUUGGCCCAAUAUCUUCAACGCUAUUUCACAAUUCCUUCUCAUCCGGGCUACAAAGAUUACGAAAACGUAAAGCCUAAACACCCAAACACAACGCUAAAUAGAGCUAAACGCUUUACAAAUUGGUCUAACGGAGUCCACUCUCUAACCGAGCUAAACGUAUGGUUAAUUAAUGCCGAGAAAUUAAUGGACAACAUUUCCAAAGACGACGUGGGAUCUAAUUCUCUGAAUGUACAGAUAUACCUCGACCCAACCAACAGAGAAGAAAUAUUUAAUCCUUUUAAAAACGCUCACACUUCUGCUGAGCUCUUCCUAGAGUCCCUGACGUCUGCUGAACAACAGCAGACUAAAAUGAAUAAAGAGAAGCCAACCAGUAACGAUUGGUCAGAGCUGGUAAGUAGUUCAAAGUUGAAAAGGGCAAAGGUGAAGCCAGACUUUACUUCCGGCGCUGACAACAAUAAGAAAAAAAGCGCACUAGAUUCUUUGGAAGGAGUCAUGGCGAAGUUCGUUCAAGGAUCUAAGUCUUGCUCUUUCAGACUGGAGACAAGUGUCUUGGCUGUACCCGGAUGUAUCCCCAAGUCUGUUGUGAUCACACGCUGCCACGGCUCCUGUCCAUCAAGAUCAGUGCCUGAGUGGAGGGUGGACAGUCUGUACUACGUGGACAAAUGCACCUGCUGCAUGCCUCUACAGUAUAGAAUCAAAAAGUUCGACCUGGAAUGCCCAGCCAAAAAUAAGGGUCAGGCGACGGUGAGGCGGGUCAAUUUAGCAUACCCUUUCAAGUGUAUGUGCCGGCCAUGCGAGAACGUUCCUGAUAUUAAGGCUGAACAACCAUACGACUAUUAAGGUAUUAACACGAGGCUGAUUUCUCGGAGAUGAAUCAUCUAUUAGGAAAAACAUAGAUCUAUGGGCUUUUUUUCUUCAACAUAACAGUAGAUUUGUUUAAUUAAGAUUUAUAUCAAUAGAGAAUAUUAAGGUAUAAAAAUAUUUUAAACUUAAAGUAUAUAAAAUUGACAUUUCAUUCUAGAGGAGCAUAAAAUGUACUGUUCUAACAUGUUGAUGUUUGGAGACUGUUCCCUAUAUUUGUAAUAAACAAAACAUUUCUUAACACAAUUUAAAAGAAUUAUUCAGAUUACUUCUACCACAUCUAAGUCGUUGAAAUGAUUCAAUGUGUUUUGUGUUAUUGUUUGUUGUAGCAGAAAUAACAAUACAGAAGCAGUACUAAAAGGCCAUACAACAAAUACUUAAAUAUUUCUUGAUGCUCUAUUUUCCAGCUCCUGCAAUGCGAGGUUUCAAGUCAAAACUAAACAUUUCUUUGCACAUUUUCUCAAGAAUUAUUCAAAUUACUUCAAACAUAUCAGAGUUGUUCCCAUAGUUUAGUUUAUUCUGAUGUGUUCAGUGUUUCUCAACGCACUAUAUUCUACAUCCAAAUACUAUUCCUUCUAUAUAUCCUUUUGUAUUUUUCUUACCAGCUCCAGCGAUUCGUGGAUCACGUGGUCCUAAGACAUUUCGUUUAUAUUUUUGAGCGAAGGAUAAUGGAGGACAUUCACUUAGUCUUAUCUAAUGUUAUAAAAUACAGACGUUACUUAAAAAAAAAGAUGAUUUCGUCCUAUGUGUGUUCCUAAGUCUAGUCAGGCAUGUUAACUGAUGACUUAAAUUAUGUCAAGUCAUUGGUUUUCCCAUACCGUGCUUUAAUAGCACAUAGGAAGAUAAGCGUUUGUAUAAAUUUGAAUGUUCCUCUAUCUUUGUGUCUUUCUGAGUAUUUUAUUAGGUUUUGUUCUUGUAUUUGAAGAUUUUGGUUUAAUGUUUUAUGCAUAGAAGCUACUUUAAUUUUGAGUCUUCUGUCCUGAAGGGUUUCUAAAUUUAUUAUUAUUACUAAAGGUGCUACUCUAGUCAAAAGGGAAUAUUCGUUUGUUAUAAAUCUCACUGCUCUAAUUUUGUGUCUGGAAAUUUUCUUAAUUUUUUUUUCUAGCGUUGAGGGGUCCCAAAACAGAGGAUGCAUAUUCUAUUAUUAUAGUCUGUUGAACCGUUGCGGCACCACACACUAUCUUUUGACCUUCUUUCUCCAAAGCUAGAAUUAAGAACCAAAAAAAUAUUAACCACAAAAAAGUUGAAACUCGUUUGGUAGAAUGACAAAUUUUGUAUUU